AUGAGCUGGACGCCGGGGCUCCCGCCGCCCGGGGCGUCGCUGACCCUGCGGGUGACCUUCGUGGACGUGCACCCGGAGGUGAUCCCCGUGCAGCUGUGGGGCCUGGUGGGCCAGCGGCGGGAGGAGUACGUGCGGCUGAGCCGGGAGAUCCAGGAGGCGGCGGCCACGCGCGGGCCCUGGGCGCUGGGCGGCGCCCCGGCCGCCCCGGGCGAGCUGUGCCUGGUGCAGGUGGGGCUGCUGUGGCACCGCUGCCGCGUGGUGAGCCGGCAGGCGCAGGAGAGCCGCGUCUUCCUGCUGGAUGAGGGUCGCACGAUCGCGGCGGGCGCGGGCUCGCUGGCGCCAGGCCGCGGCGAGUUCUUCCACCUGCCGUCGGAGGUGCUGGGCUGCGUGCUGGCCGGCCUGGUGCCGGCGGGCGGCGGCGGCGCGGGCGGCGGCGAGCCGCAGCACUGGGCGCCGGGCGCCGUGGACUUCCUGAGCGGCCUGCAGGGCCAGGAGCUGCGGGGCCGCGUCAUGGACGUGCUGCUCCCCUACCGCCUGGUCCUGCUGGAGGUGCCCGCCGUCUUCCAGCAGAUGCAGGAGCUGGGCCUGGCGCGCCAGGUGCCCGACAGCCUCUUCUGCUUCCUGCUCAAGCGCUACCUGGUGUCGGUGGGCAAGGGCGCGGGCACCCCGGUCCUCCCGCGGGUCCUGCCCAAGCAGGAGCCGCCCGGCCUGGAUUACUUCUACCCGCAGCUGCAGCUGGGCGUGACGGAGCCCGUGGUGGUCACGCAGGUGUGCCACCCGCACCGCAUCCACUGCCAGCUGCGGAGCCUGUCGCAGGAGAUCCGCCGCCUCUCGGAGAGCAUGGCGCAGGUGUACCGGGCGUCGUCCCGGGCGACCGGGGACGACAGCGGCGGAGCCCCCUGCGAGGAGCGCGAGGAGAGCCCGGACAAGCCCGGCUCGCCGUGCGCCUCGUGCGGCCUGGACGGGCGCUGGUACCGGGCGCUCCUGCUGGAGACCUUCCGGCCCCAGCGCUGCGCCCAGGUGCUGCACGUGGACUACGGGCGCAAGGAGCUGGUGAGCGGCAGCAGCCUGCGCUACCUGCUGCCCGAGUACUUCCGCAUGCCCGUGGUCACCUACCCGUGCGCCCUGUACGGGCUCUGGGACUGCGGCCGGGGCUGGUCGCGCUCCCAGGUGGGCGACCUGAAGGCCCUGAUCCUGGGCCAGGCGGUGAACGCCAAGAUCGAGUUCUACUGCGCCUUCGAGCACGUGUACUACGUCACGCUGUACGGGGAGGACGGCCUCAACCUGAACAGCGCCUUCGGGGUGCAGUCGUGCUGCCUGGCCGACCGCUUCCUGCGGGGCCACGGGCGCGGCGAGGACGACGACGACGAGGACGGCGACGAGGACGACGAGGAGGAGGAGGAGGACGCGGAGACGGCCUUCCCCGCGCCGCCCCUGGCCCUGGACGACCACCACCAGGACGCCUGCCCCCGGGCCCUGAAGGUGAUCAAGCUGAAGAUGAACGCCUUCUACGACGCGCAGGUGGAGUUCGUCCGGAGCCCGUCGGAGUUCUGGAUCCGGCUGCGGAAGCACGGCGGCACCUUCAACAAGCUGGCCCGGAAGAUGGGCAGCUUCUACUCGUCGGCCAGCAAGCUGGACGGCGUGGUGCUGAAACCCGAGCCCGACGACCUCUGCUGCGUCAAGUGGAAGGAAAAUGGCUACUUCCGGGCCCUGGUGACCAGGCUGGAGGGCAAGAGCGUGGACGUGUUCCUCGUGGACCGGGGGAACUCGGAGACCGUGGACUGGUACGACGUGAGGAUGCUGCUCCCGCAGUUCAGGCAGCUGCCCGUCCUGGCCCUCCGGUGCGCCCUGGCCGACAUCUGGCCUCUGGGGAAGAGCUGGAGCCAGGAGGCCAUCUCCUUUUUCAAGAAGACAGUCCUUCACAAGGAACUUGUCAUCCACAUCCUGGACAAGCAGGACCACCAGUACAUCAUCGAGAUUCUCGACGAAUCUCGCACCGGAGAGGAAAACAUUAGCAAGGUGAUUGCCCAGGCCGGCUAUGCCAAGUAUCAGGAAUUUGAGACCAAAGGAAACGGGCCAGCCCCAGGGCACCUGGCCAGCGGGUAUCUCCCCGAGAAUACCAAAACCACUGCGGCCGCAAAGGCAGGAGAGCAGAGAGCCAAGGUGGAAAAUAAAGCCACCACCUCUGCCUUAGAAACCCCCAGCGACCCAACCAUGGUGACAAGUGUUUUGGCCGGACAAGUUGGACCGGACAAGGAGAAGGGAUCCCCUCUGGUCCCCAGUUUCUUGACCACCAAGUCGGACUGUUCUUGGAAAGGCGAACUGGAGGUGGGAACCACGGUAGAAGUGAAGGUGUCUUUCGUGGAGAACCCCAGCUCCUUCUGGUGUCAGUUGUCCAGGAACACGCAAAGGUUUAGAACUCUGAUGUGCGAUAUUGAAGCUUAUUGCGAAAGCACCCCGGCCCCUUACCAACCCACCACCCCCGCUUGUUUGACCAAGAGGGCAAAGACUGGAAAAUGGUCACGAGCACUGAUUUGCGGGGCUCCGUCCUCAGAACACGUCAGCGUGAGCUUCAUUGAUUAUGGGGACAAAGACACCGUGUCUGUGAGAAGUCUGUACUUAAUGGCCGACGACUUUCUCGCGGUUAGAGCGCAGGCUUUCCGGUGCAGCCUUUAUAAUUUAAUUCAGCCAACGGGGGAAAAUCCCUUUGUGUGGGACGAGAAGGCGGUCCAAGCGUUCAGCGGGUUUGUCGACAAUGCCUGGCAGAACAACCUCGAGUUAAAAUGCACCAUCUUUGCUCUGGCGUCCAUCCAGGAUGCAGAACUGUUUAAUGUCGUGGACUUGCUGACUCCCUUUCAGAGCGCCUGCCAUUUCUUGGUAGAGAAGAGACUUGCGAGGCCGGUAAAGCUUCAGAAGCCUCUGGAAGCUUCUGUACAGCUCCAUUCCUACUACUAUUCCACCCACGAUCUGAAAAUCGGGAGUGAAGAAGCCGUGUACAUAACCCACGUCGACGACCCUUGGACAUUUUACUUCCAGCUGGCGAGAAACUCGGGUGUUUUGGAACAGCUGUCGUACAGCAUCACGCAGCUAAGUGAAGUUUUGCUGAAGCUGAACACGUCUCCCUCGGUCCCUGGGAACCUGUGUCUUGCCAAGUACACAGAUAGCAACUGGUACCGAGGGGUGAUCAUAGAAAAGGAUCCGAAUAAAGUCUUCUUUGUGGAUUUUGGGAACAUUUAUGUAACCAGCGAGAACCUCCUGCCUAUACCCCGGGAUGCGUAUGACGUUUUGCUCUUGCCCAUGCAAGCCGUCAAAUGCUCCUUGUCCGAUAUCCCCAGCCACAUUCCGGAAGAAGUGACAACAUGGUUCCAAGAGACCAUUUUAGACAAAUCCCUGAAGGCCUUGGUGGUGGCGAAAGAUCCUGACGGAAGACUGAUUAUAGAACUCUACGAUGACAGUAUCCAAAUCAAUGCUGGCAUCAAUGAGAAGCUAGGGCUGCUGGGUUGUAAGAAUGAGGUAAAGAAAACACAGAAAGAAAGUGAAGCAUUCUUCACCUCCGAAACGCUGGAAGACAAACACGAGAGCGUGAAGCUGUCUCCUACCGUGUAUCUAAGUAAGUCGGGAGAGAGCCGAUUACACAGCAUGGAGAUGUUCGGAGACGCGUGCAAACCUAAGAUGAUCUCUGUGUGUAAAGAGUUCAAGAGUUUACAGAGCCCCACGAAGGCCAGUUUAUUCCCUCAAUAUCAGGACCCAGUGGAACACACCAACGAGCCAGGGUUUCCCUUAGCACGAGACAAGAAAGACAUCUUUGAGGAACCACCUCCGCAGAUGUCAAGGGUGGAGAGCACCUUUGCAGAGAGACGGGCAGGGGACCCUGGGAACAAAGAUUUACCUCGAAAAAUUUGCGAGCUCCCGAAGAAGACCAUCUCGCCCGGCUUGAAAACGACGGUGUAUGUGUCACACGUGAACAACGUCUCCGAUUUCUAUGUGCAGCUCAUAGAUGACGAAGCCGAAAUCAACCGUCUUUCCGAGAGACUAAAUAAUGCUCAGACGCGCCCCCAGUGUUACACUGGGCCGCCUCUGCAAAGCGGGAAUGUCAUCUGUGCCUUGUUCCCCGAAGACAACCUGUGGUAUCGCGCCGUGGUCCGGGAACGGCAGUCCAACGACUUCCUCUCGGUGCAGUUUAUAGACUAUGGCAACGUGUCUGUGGUUCACGCCAACAAAACCGGCAGGCUUGACCUGGUGAACGCGCUGUUGCCAGGCCUGUGUGUCCACUGCUCUUUAAGAGGACUUUGUGUCCCUGACAUCAUCAACUGUAAGGAAAUCACAUCUUACUUUUCCCAGAGGACUGACGAAGCUCAAAUAAGAUGUGAAUUCAUUAAAUUCCAGGACAGAUGGGAAGUGAUUCUUACUGAUGACCAAGGCAUGAUAGCAGAAGAUGUGGUGAACAGAUACGCUUCCAUUGAAAAACCCCGGGCGGGCCUGGCUACGCCAAUCAUUAAAGGGGACCGCUCAAAGUCUGCCAACAAAUCGGACAUCGACACCUCAGUAUUUCUGAACUGGUAUAAUCCCCAGAUGAAGGUGGUCAGAGCUUAUGCCACUGUCAUCGAUGGGCCUGAGUAUUUCUGGUGUCAGUUUGCAAACACUGAGGAACUCCAGUACUUAGAAACAGAAGUUCAGAAUGCUGGAAAGCAGAUUCUGGAGUGGAGGAAUUGCAUCCACUCUCCUCAGAUUGGCAACCCCUGUAUAGUCAAAUACAGGGAGGACGGGCAUUAUUACCGUGCCCUCAUCACGAGCAUCUGUGAAGACGAUUUCCUGUCCGUCAGGCUCGUCGACUUUGGAAACAUCGAGGACUGCGUGGACCCCAAAGCUGUCUGGAACAUUCCCUGUGAGCUGUUGAUGGUCCCCAUGCAAGCUUUCCCCUGCUGCCUGGCGGGGUUUAACAUCUCAGAAGGCACGUGCCCUCAAGAGGGCAAUGACUACUUUUACGAAAUAGUCACGCAGGAUGUGCUGGAAGUGACCAUCCUGGAGGUCCGGCGGGACGUGUGCGAUAUCCCCUUAGCAAUCGUGGACUUGAAAAGCAAAGGCGAGAGCAUCAAUGAGAAGAUGAAGAAGUAUUCCAAGAUGGGGACUCCCAAGAGUGACCUGAACUACGAAAAAAAGGGCCCCGAGAUCAAAGGAGCCUUGGGGCCCCCCAGUCCUGACGUGGGACCUCAGAAACCAGGAAGCAAAGCUGGACAAGAGCAAGUGUCGUAUGCAGAGCCACCGAUGGACGAACUCCCCGACAGAAGUGAGAAAGAGCUGAACGUGCUCGACACCAAGCCAAGCAAAUUCUACGACCUGGGCCCUGAUAACGUUUUCGAAGCAUUUGAAAAGUCCUGCAAAGAUAACAUGGCGUCGGAGGUGCUGGAAGUGGGGGGCAUGGAGUGCCAUUUGGGGGACCCAGACAAGUUUGACGAGAAGUACCUGAUUGCAGGAUUCAGCACCACGUCGCCCCUCGCUAGCGAGGUGAAGGAGCUGUUGGAAGUGAAUUCACUGGAGGUGCCGCUCUCCCCUGAUGAUGAAUCCAAAGCAUUCUUGGAUCUGGAACCCAUUGAACUACAGCAUUCCUUAGUGGGCGAUGAAGAGAAAGAGGACCUAGGCCUGGGGCCACCCACGGUGCCCCCGUCCCCAGGACAUGACCCAGAAGCCACCCUGGAACCAUUCCCAGCGCCGCUUUCCCUCAAAGGCGAAGUGGAGAAGCAACCAGAACUAGAACUGCUCCUGUCCCAGAUGUCUCUGGAGGACAGCCUGACUUCUUUGUCGGCAAGAGUUGCUCAGAAGGUUCAAGAAUCCAGAUGUGCAGAAGACAGGAGGAAGUCUAGCGGUGCAGCAUCUUUUGAUGAUGAGCAGCACCCCGUGGCCUUGUGCCAUUGUAGGGAGAACUGUGAGGUCUCAGAGCCCACCAACGUGAGUCUGUUUGAAGAAGAGUUUCCAAACUAUCAAGGCAGGAAUGCCGUCUCAUCGCUGACCCCGUUGUUCUCCAAGGAGGAGGCCAGAGAUGGAGGAAAGUGUUCUUCUUGUAUAUCUUUUACUCUAUUGAAUUUGGCAGUUCAGCUACAGAACACCUACACCCUGAAAGGAUUUACGGUUGGAUCCAAAUGUGUUGUGUGGUCGAGUCUGAGAAACACAUGGUCUAAAUGUGAGAUUUUGGAAAUAGCCGAAGGAGGAACAAGGGUUCUGAAUCUUUCAAAUGGCAUAGAGGAGAUCGUAAGCCCUGAGAACGUCUGGAAUGGCAUUCCCAAAUUAGACCAGGGUCCGUCUGAGGCUGUCUUCCAAACAAUGGGAAAAGAUCAUUACUUCCUGUCACCAGAUGUCACAAUGACAGGUAAGUCAAGUUUUCUAUCAAAAUUGUAUCAUCUACAAUGGCCAAGUCUUACAGAUACCAUUUUCCCAAAUCUCUCAAUCAAAAUGAUUUGUUAAUUUCCUUGAGCAUUUGUAGUACCAAAAAUUAAAAAAAAGACAAUGCUUAAAUGGG